AUGAGCCUGCCACCACAAUGUUUGCCUGCAAUGAUGGGAUAUGCUUAUAACUUACCAGACCUAGGUUUCGAUCUACUCAGAAAUCGAGUACUCUUUGCAAACAAGACACAGCCCGAAGAUAUGCGGAGUUGGUUUUAUACCAUAUUUUCCUAUUGGACGAGGUCGCUGCAUUUAUUAACUCGCAAUUAUCGGGUGCCUCUCCUCAUCGGACUCCAGACGAACUAUCCUAUCCAUCAAGAUGACUGGCCAAGAUCUUUCUUAAUGCGGAGAUUAUCUCGUACUUAUACACCCUUAUCGGGUAGACAACGUCAAAUAUUUAGACAACGAGCGUGGGCUUUUCUCGAUGAUACUCGAGUUUUCAAGAUGGGUCUUAACCACUUCCCUACAAUCGAGGAGCUUGACAAUCAAAGAAGCACUGCGUUUGGAACGGAAGCCAUUCGUGAAGAGAAGGAGAGACAGCGACUACGCCUUUUGCAACUUUGCCAAUACCGAAGAGAGGCGGGUAUCGAGGAUACCAAAAGCGAAGAACGGGAGUAUGUGUUCAGCGCAGAGGAUUCCAUUCCUCGCUUCUUUGAUCCACCAGGCACUAGGGGUGUGACAACAUUUUGGGAAUACCUCUGA